UUUGGUUUCUGUUGAAUAACAACACAACAUGCUGAGGUGGUUUAACCUUUCGCGCACUGUUACCCCGCUAGUGGUUCGGCCACUACCAGCGGUCCGGUGGUAUUCAGAAGUAACAACACCGGCAGCUGCCGACCAGCAGCCUUCCGCCGGGACACCGGACAAACUGUACAGUCGAGUAGAGCUUCAAAUGAAAGGAAUCGAACCGGAAGUUAUGAAAAGCUAUGCUACUUUUGCUAAAACCGCCGCCGAACAUUUAGACAUCGAAGUCGGAAAGCACUGGGUCCUUCGGAAGUCGAUCAAAGACCGAUUAACACUGCUUAAGUCGGUGCAUAUUUACAAGAAACACCGUGUGCAGUAUGAAGUGCGUAAUUACUAUCGGUUUAUGCACUUUCACAAGAUGACUGGCUCCACGCUGGAUACUUUCCUCGAGUACAUCGAGCGCAAUCUGCCGGAAGGUGUGGCACUGAAAGUGACAAAGGUAGAGAUACAAGAGGUGCCGGAACAUUUGCGAAAGUAAUCA